CCGUGUGAUUGCAGAUGCUGGGAGCAUGCCACAGAUCUCGACAAAGGAUCAGAAGCUGUAGGAUCAGUCUUCGCUCUCUUGGACAGGUCCACAAAGCCUGAUCCUCAGAACAAGGAAGGAUAUAAGCCCCAAUAACUGCUCGGGAAGAUAGAGUUCCGGGAAAUGGAUUUCGCGUACCCGACAAGGCCUACAGCUUUAGUCCUCAGGGUGUUCUCGAUCACCAUUGAAGCAGGAAAGUCCACUGCCCUGGUGGGACCAAGUUGAUCAGGGAAGUCGACCAUUAUUGAUCUAAUAGAAAGAUUCUACCAUCCGUUGGAAGAAAUGGUCAGAAUUCGUGGUCGAGACAUCUGGUCGGACCAUCUCAGGUCCCUGAGGAGACACUUAGCUCUUGUUGGUCAAGAACCGUCACUCUUUGAAGGCACCAUAAAAGAGAACAUCAUAUUCGGAGUUUCAAACAGUGAUAUUAAUGAAACAGAGGUGAUCGAGGCUACGAAUGCUCAUGGAUUUAUCCCAUCCUUGAAAGACGGGUAUGAUACACGGUGAGAUGAUAAGGGGGUGCAGCAAUCAGGUGGGCAGAAGCAAUGGAUCUCAAUUGCUCGGGUUCUGCUAAAAAACCCGGUGGUUCUGCUGUUGGACGAGGCGACUAGUGCACUUGACAGCUUGUCAGAGGAGGCGGUCCAGGGGGCCCUAGAGCAGGUGAUGGUCGGACGGACCACUGUGAUGGUGGCCCACAGGCUGGGUGUAUAGUGAAGCAAGGAAAAGAGAUUAUCCAUUUUUCGGAGAUAGGGGAUGACAAAAGCCACCGAGCCGAAAAGAGUUAUCUCAGAACUGCUGUAAGGUGGGGUCGUGCAACAGUAGGUCGGAACGAUCUCGUCAUGGUAUGAUUGUUACAAUUUAUAAAAAUUGAUUAUUCUUGAAACCUUCGCAUCUCGGUUCCGAGGUGUGAUAUGUUGCAGAAGAUUCUGUAUCUGUCUUUAUUAUGAUUUGUUAGUGAUUGGCUAACGAACAUAUUGAUAAGUCUAUUAUUAAUUAUUGACCUGAACUCCAGGCUAGGAAGUAACCUUCUUUAAUUAAUUCAUGAGAAAAAUGUGAUGACUAAUUAAUUGAGUAAUGCUUCCGUAAAUCAUCAGCUUACGAAUAAGAACUUCCCCACAUAAAGCUUUGGAUCAAAUUGUAAUAAUUAAUGAGGCUAACAUGCCACAAAUCCUGAGGUCAGUCUUGGACCUCUCAUCAGCACAUGCUCCUGUCAUUGUUCUCAUAUUUAAAAUAACCUCAAUGAUUAUUCAUUUUAGCUGUAAACCUGCAUUAUUAUAAAUACAUCUCCAAAGCUGGUUCACUCUCUUGGACCGAUCUCCUCGGUGAUGAUGUUCUUCGAAGAACUGCUGGAUCAUUAAUUCAGCGGAAAGAGACACAGUUCCUUGCCUGUGGAGAGAUAACUCGAGAGGAUGGGGAACGAGAGCGAUAAAGCUCGAGAAUUCGCGAUGGACGAAAAGAAGAACAAGAAGAAAACCGGGUCCCUGAGGUCGGUAUUCAUGCAUGCUGAUGGGUUCGACAAGUUUCUGAUGUCUCUCGGACUUAUUGGUGCCGUCGCCGAUGGGUUCUCAACGCCAGUGGUGCUGUUCGUGAGCAGCCACCUCAUGAAUGAUAUCGGCACUUCAUCGAAUUUAGAUGCAAAUGCUUUCCGUGACAAGAUCAAUAAGAACUGUCUCGUUCUGCUCUACAUGGCAUUGGUUUUGCUACUUCUAACCUUUCUCGAAGGAUAUUGUUGGACAAGAACAGCAGAGAGGCAAGCAGCUCGGAUGAGAGCGAGGUACUUGCAGGCCGUGCUGAGGCAGGACGUGGGCUACUUUGAUUUGCAUGUGACCAGCACUUCUGAGGUCAUCACAAGUGUGUCCAGUGAUAGUCUUCUGAUUCAAGACGUCCUAGCUGAAAAGGUCCCGCACUUCUUGACGAAUGUGUCACUCUUCCUCGGGUCGUACAUAAUAGCUUUUGCCCUCCUAUGGAGACUAGCAAUAGUCGGAUUUCUUUUCGCACUAUUGCUUAUAAUCCCAGGAAUGAUAUAUGGUCGUAUACUGAUGGGAAUAGCAAGAAAGAUUCGGGAAGAGUACAAUGUGGCCGGUACCAUAGCUGAGCAAGCUGUAUCUUCAAUCCGAACAGUUUAUGCUUUUGUCGGUGAGACCAAGACAAUUUCCGACUUCUCCACGGCCCUUCAAGGGUCCGUGAAAUUGGGCCUCAAACAAGGCUUAGCAAAAGGGUUGGCGAUGGGAAGCAAUGGCAUUGGUUUCGCAAUAUGGGCAUUCAUGGCUUAUUACGGGAGUAGGAUGGUCAUGUACCACCGAGCUCGGGGAGGGACAGUUUAUGCUGUGGGAACUGCCAUUACAUUUGGUGGAAUGUCACUAGGAUCAGCUCUAUCAAAUCUCAAGUACUUCUCUGAAGCAUGUUCUGCAGGAGAACGGAUCGCCGAGAUGAUAGAGAGAAUUCCUGCAGUCGAUCCCCACAAUCAGGAGGGAGAGAUCCUCCACAACUUCACUGGUAAAGUUGAGUUCAACCACGUUGAGUUUUCAUACCCUUCUCGACCCGAGAGUACCAUCUUUAAGGACUUCUGCCUUGGGAUUCCUGCGGGGAAGACAAUGGCCUUGGUUGGUGGUAGCGGCUCUGGGAAAUCGACAGUGGUUUCACUCUUGCAGAGGUUCUAUGACCCGCUAGGAGGAGAGAUCCUUCUCGAUGGACAUCCGAUCAAUAAGCUGCAGAUCAAGUGGCUGCGUUCACAAAUGGGCCUAGUGAGCCAAGAACCGACACUUUUUGCAACUUCCAUUAAGGAGAACAUACUGUUUGGGAAGGAAGAUGCGUCGAUCCAAGAGGUUAUCGGGGCUGCAAAGGCUUCUAAUGCUCACGCCUUCAUAAACCAACUGCCUCAGGGCUAUGAUACUCAGGUUGGAGAGCGAGGUGUUCAGAUGUCGGGAGGACAAAAACAGAGAAUAGCCAUAGCACGAGCAGUUAUAAAAUCUCCUCGAAUCCUACUGUUGGAUGAAGCCACAAGUGCAUUAGACUUGGAAUCAGAACGAGUGGUCCAAGAAGCAUUAGACAGGGCGUCGAUCGGCCGCACCACACUUGUCAUAGCCCAUAGGCUUUCAACCAUUCGGAAUGCCGAUAUUAUCACAGUUGUCCAGAAUGGCCAGGUGGUAGAGGCCGGCAAUCAUGAAGAGCUAAUCCAUAUUCCCAAUGGCCAUUAUGCUGCAUUGCUUAACCUCCAAGAAAUGGAGAAAGAAGAGACCCUUGAUAAAACCAAGACAACGGCAACAGCCUAUGCUUCAUUUUCUAAUCUCAGCAUGGAUCAUGUGAACAGUACGAGCAGCCGUAGACUCUCCAAAACAAGCCACUCUAGCUUGACUAGAUCAAAUGGAGCAGCUCAAUCUUUCCGAAAGACGGAAGAUGGCCUUGAGAAUAAGAAACUUCCAGUUCCAUCCUUCCGAAGACUAUUAGCCUUAAAUCUACCAGAGUGGAAGCAAGCAACUUUGGGGUGUUUUAGCGCCAUCCUGUUCGGCGCCAUCCAACCCAUUAAUGCUUUCACGAUGGGGUCAAUGAUCUCGGUGUUUUUCCUGUCAGAUCACGACCAAAUCAAAGAGAAGAUAAGGAUAUACUGCCUGUCUUUCCUCGGGUUAGCAGUCUUCUCAUUUCUUAUCAAUGUUUGUCAGCAUUACAACUUUGCAUACAUUGGAGAAUACUUGACAAAGAGGCUCAGAGAGAGAAUGCUCUCGAAGAUCCUCACAUUUGAAGUUGGGUGGUUUGAUCAAGAUGAGAACUCAAGUGGUGCUAUAUGCUCAAGACUAGCCAAAGAUGCAGCAAUGGUGAGAUCUAUAGUGGGUGACCGCUCGGCGCUCCUUACACAAACCUGCUCAGCUAUAACCAUUGCUUUCACAAUGGGUCUAAUCCUUGCAUGGAGGCUCGCGAUUGUGAUGAUUGCCGCCCAGCCCCUCAUAAUCGCGUGUUUCUACACUCGAAAAGUGCUGUUGAAGAACUUAAGCCAGAAAGCCAUCAAGUCCCAGGAUGAGAGCACUAAGUUGGCCGCGGAGGCAGUAUCAAACCAUCGAACUAUAACUGCCUUCUCAUCUCAAGAUCGGAUCUUCAAGAUGUUCGAGAUGGCCCAAGAAGGCCCAACAAGAGAGAGCGUCAAGCAGUCAUGGUAUGCAGGUUUGGGGCUUACUCUGGCUCAAUUCUUCACAAGAUGCAUUUGGACUUUCGACUUCUGGUACGGUGCCAAGUUGAUCUCUCAAGGGUACAUUACACCAAAGCAGCUCUUCGAGACCUUCAUGAUAUUGAUAAGCACAGGCCACGUUAUUGCCGAUGCUGGGAGCAUGACUAAGGACAUUGCCAAGGGCUUGGACACAGUUGCAUCGGUGUUCGCCAUAUUAGACAGGCAGUCAAGGAUUGAGCCCGAUGAUCUAGAUGGUUACCAGCCCAGAAACAUUAGGGGUGACGUAGAAUUCUGUGGAGUUGAUUUCGCCUACCCAGCAAGGCCUGAUGUGGUCAUCUUGCAAGACUUCUCUUUCAAGAUCGAAGCUGGAAAAUCGACUGCUUUGGUGGGGCAGAGCGGUUCUGGGAAGUCGACUCUCAUAGGCCUCAUUGAGAGAUUCUAUGAUCCACUCAAAGGUGCAGUAAAAAUAGAUGGCCAAGAUAUACAGUCAUAUCAUGUCAGGUCUCUAAGGAAGCAUAUAGCACUGGUUAGCCAAGAGCCGACCUUGUUAGCUUGUACUAUAAGGGAAAACAUUGUAUACGGCAUCUCUGCUAACAUUACUGAGACAGAGAUUAUAGAAGCAGCAAAGGCAGCUAACGCCCAUGAAUUUAUCGUGGCGCUUAAGGAUGGGUAUGACACUUGGUGUGGGGACAAAGGCGCUCAGCUCUCAGGAGGGCAGAAGCAGCGAGUGGCCAUUGCAAGGGCUAUGCUAAAGAACCCGAGAUUAUUGCUGCUGGACGAGGCGACAAGUGCCCUCGACAGCCAGUCAGAGAGGGUUGUACAGGAUGCACUGGAGUGGCUGAUGAAAGGGAGGACAAGCGUGGUGGUGGCACACAGACUGAGCACAAUAUUCAACUGUGACAUGAUCGCCGUGCUGGAUAAGGGGAAAGUAGUUGAGAAAGGGAGCCAUUCCUCAUUGUUAGCAAAGGGCCCAACGGGUGCCUAUUACUCACUCGUGAACCUCCAGAACACCUUUAGUUCGGGACUCAAACUCGAUUAGUUUGUCACUGUUUAGUUUGGUUUGCUAUUUUGUGUAUGAAACAUGAACUAUGGGCAAGAUAAACCCAAUAAAACCUGAAGCCCUUUUCUCUCUAUGUUUAACUCAUUAAUUAUCUGAACCUUCGGUUCAUUUUCAAAA